AUGGAAGAGUUAAUAGUUGAACUUCGCCUCUUCCUCGAACUCCUUGACCAUGAGUAUCUCACAUCCACCAUCAGGGAGAAGAAGGCAGUGCUCAGCAACAUCCUGCUGCGGAUACAGUCCUCCAGAGGCUUUGAAGCCAAGGAGCACGCCCCGCGGCCGGAGAGCAGCAGCCUGCCAGCGCCCCCUCAGCUGCCUCUGCCGGAGAUCCCUCAGCCGUGGCUGCCUCCUGACAGCGGGCCUCCGCCCUUGCCCACGGCCUCGCUCCCUGAGGGCUACUACGAGGAAGCGGUGCCAUUGAGCCCCGGGAAAGCCCCGGAGUACAUCACAGCCAAUUAUGACUCGGACGCCAUGAGCAGCUCCUAUGAGUCCUAUGACGAGGAGGAGGAGGAUGGGAAGGGGAAGAAGACGCGGCACCAGUGGCCGUCGGAGGAGGCCUCCAUGGACCUGGUGAAGGACGCCAAGAUCUGCGCCUUCCUGCUGCGCAAGAAACGGUUCGGCCAGUGGACCAAGCUGCUGUGCGUCGUCAAGGACACCAAGCUGCUGUGCUACAAGAGCUCCAAGGACCAGCAGCCGCAGAUGGAGCUGCCGCUGCAAGGCUGCAGCGUCGCCUACAUCCCGAAAGACAGCAAAAAGAAGCAGCACGAGCUGAAGAUCACCCAGCAGGGCACCGACCCCCUGGUGCUUGCCGUGCAGAGCAGGGAGCAGGCCGAGCAGUGGCUCAAGGUGAUCAAGGAAGCCUACAGCGGCUGCGGAGGCCCCUCAGAGCCCGAGUGCGCCCCCCUGCCCGGCGCGCCCGUGCACAAGGUGGAGCUGGAGAAGAAACUGUCCUCGGAGAGACCCAGCUCCGACGGGGAGGGCGUCGUGGAGAAUGGUGUCGCCGCGUGCAAUGGGAAGGAGCAAGUGAAGAGGAAGAAGAGCUCCAAGGCAGAGGCCAAGGGAACUGUCUCCAAGGUCACCGGGAAAAAAAUCACCAAGAUCAUUGGGCUGGGGAAGAAGAAGCCGUCCACUGACGAGCAGACCUCCUCGGCCGAGGAGGACGUGCCCACCUGUGGCUACCUGAACGUGCUGUCCAACAGCCGCUGGCGGGAGCGCUGGUGCCGGGUGAAGGACGGCAAGCUGGUGCUCCACAAGGACCGGACGGACCUGAAGACCCACGUGGUCUCCAUCCCGCUCCGCGGCUGCGAGGUGACCGCCGGCCUGGACUCCAAGCAUCCGCUCACCUUCCGGCUGCUCCGCAACGGGCAGGAGGUAGCCGUGCUUGAGGCGGCGUCUUCGGAGGACAUGGGCCGAUGGAUCGGGAUCCUGCUGUCUGAGACGGGCUCAUCCACGGACCCGGGAGCCCUGCACUACGACUACAUCGAUGUGGAGAUGUCGGCAAACGUCAUCCAGACUGCCAAGCAGACCUUCUGCUUCAUGAAUAGGCGCGCCGUGUCCACCAGCCCAUACGUGGGGAGCAUGUCCAACGGCUACGCCCACCCCAGCGGGGCCGCGCUGCACUACGAUGACGUCCCCUGCGUCAAUGGCGCGCUCAAGGGCAAAAAGCCUCCCGUGGCAUCCAACGGGGUUCCCGGGAAAGGGAAGCCCCCCAGCAGUCAGCAGAAAAAGGCAGAGUCCGCAGCAGGCGUGAAGCGGACGGCCUCCAAUGCAGACCAGUACAAAUACGGCAAGAACCGGGUGGAGGCCGAUGCCAAGCGGCUACAGACCAAAGAGGAGGAGCUGCUGAAGAGGAAGGAGGCGCUGCGGAACAGGCUGGCACAGCUCCGCAAGGAGCGGAAGGACCUGAGGGCUGCCAUCGAAGUGAACGCCGGCAGGAAGACCCAGGCAGCACUGGAAGACAAGCUGCGGAGGCUGGAGGAGGAGUGUAAGCAGCGGGAGGCCGAGCGGGUCAGCCUGGAGCUGGAGCUGACCGCCGUCAAGGAGAGCCUCAAGAAGGCCCUGGCCGGCGGCGUCACCCUGGGGCUGGCCAUCGAGCCCAGGUCGGGCACGUCCAGCCCGCAGUCUCCCGGCUUCCGGCACCGGACUCUGGAGAACUCGCCCAUCUCCAGCUGCGACACCAGUGACACCGAGGGCCCGCUGCCCAUCAACAGCGCCGCCGUCCUCAAGAAGAGCCAGCCGGCCGCGGGCAGCUCGCCCUGCCGCGGGCACGUGCUGCAGAAGGCCAAGGAGUGGGAGCUGAAGAACGGGACCUAGAGGAAGGCCAGGGCCCCCGGCCUCACCCAGGGACCCCGCCCCGCCCCCGUGCCACAGCCGCGCUAUCCAGCCGCCAGCCGGAUGCAAUGGCGAUGGACUGCCGAUGCCAGCGGCUCACGCGCGGCCCUCUACGGUGCAGCCGUGCCCCUGAGAGAGCUUCCUAGUAAGACUGGGGUCCAACUUCAUCGUCAAAACGCAGAAGCAACCAAGGAGUGACCCGUGUCGUAUGAGGCUCCUGUGUCGAAUGGAGAAGUCACAGCCUCUGACCCCUCUGCCACCUUGACUGGCCGCCGGCCUCGGGUCCUCGUCCACCCAGACCUCAAGCCCACACGGCAGUGUCUGCACCCGCUGCCCGGCCCUGGGGACGCGGUGCGAGCGUUGUGUUGGUCCGGUGCUUUGUCCGCAGGACCUGAGCUGCCAUUCUUUUUAACCUGUGUGUCUCUCAGCCGCGUGGGCGCCGUGGGCAGCGCAGAGACGCCGUGGCCGGC